AUGGUCGUAUUCGUGCUUCCCUUUUGUUCUGUACAAGCAGAAGCAUCGGGCGCUGGGGGAUGUUCUAAUCAAACAGUUGAGGGCUUAACGGCAAAACUUCAGUUGUCAUCCUAAGGACCAUGACUGCACCACCCAUCCCUUGCCCUACAUUCCUUUCGUCACCGAAACCCUAGAUCGUCGAAACCAUUAUCUAUCGGCGUCUCGUAGUGUUUCUUCUUCUUCCUUUUCUUGUUUGUUGUCUAAGACAGAGAGUCCAGAUCCUUUGCUCCAAGGAAAUCUUCUUCCAGCCAUGUCUCAGGUGGAUAACAGAAAUUCUUCAUCAAGCAAGCGUGCUCGAACUGAUGGUAGUCGUCGGGAAGAUGAUUGGACAUGUCCAAGUUGUGGUAAUGUCAAUUUUUCAUUUAGGACGACCUGCAAUAUGCGUAAUUGUACUCAAUCCAGGCCAGCUGAUCAUAAUUCGAAAUCUGCUACGAAGCCACUUCAAGCCCCUCAAAGUUACAACUCAUCAGCAGCCUAUCUAGGUUCAGGUGCACCUUCUUCUAUGUACCUGGGAGUUCCACCAUAUGGCUCUUCACUGUUUAGUGGAACAUCUCUUCCUCCCUAUGAUCUUCCAUUCUCUGGGGGGUCUGGAUAUCAUUAUGACUAUGGCAGCCGCCUCUCAGUUGGCAGCCCUUAUGGGCCACUGCAUUUGUCUGGACCGCCACCAUAUUCUAGUGGAUCUAUGCUGGGAACUGGUGGGAUGUACGGUAUGGCCCCUCUAAUGGACCGAUAUGGCUUGGGUUUGCCCAUGGGUCACACUGCUAUGGGGGCAAGGCCAGGAGUUUUUCCAGAUGAGAAUCCUCAGAAGCUGCCUGCAGAUACAACACGUGAUAGUGACUGGACGUGCCCCAAAUGUGGGAAUGUUAACUUUUCAUUUAGAACAGUCUGCAACAUGAGGAAGUGCAAUACCCCAAGACCUGGGACGCAGGCUGCUAAAUCUGAGAAAAAUUCUAAACAAAAGAUGCCCGAGGGUAGCUGGAAGUGUGAGAAAUGUAACAAUAUAAAUUAUCCAUUUAGGACCAAGUGCAAUAGACAGAAUUGUGGGGCAGAAAAACCAUCUGAAACAAACAAGUCCCCUUCACCAUCAUCAUCAGAAGAUGAACAGUGAGUACUAGUACACUUUUGAGGGUUGAGAAGGUCCAGAGUCUUCGUCCGGCUUGCUCAAUAUGGGUGUCUGAAAGUCAGUCUUGUCAUCGUCAUGUUGCAGCGGUUGUCAAGUUACUCUGCCUUACCAGUUAUCAUGAUCAGUGUCAAGUUGUUGUAUUUGCAGCAACCCCAUGUUUACUGGUUUACUACUGGGUAAUGUCAUUUGUGGUCGUUAUUUUUGUUUAUCACCUUUUCCUCAAAACAUGUCAUGUAUCGACUAGGUCGACUGGUGUCAUCUUUUACGAGUUGGUUUUCAUUAUUUAUUUGAAGGUAGGCCCCCUAUACUUUUUGGACAUGAGCUUUUGUCUAUCUAGUGGGUAUGUUAUGUACA